AUGAUGAGUGGCGAAUUUCUCUUCCUUGUGCUCCUAGCAGUCCACGCCGUGUCCGCCUGCAAGGGAGCGAGCACGCUCUUGCGCCAACUCCUACCCGGUUCGACCCCUAUGGUCGAGGUGAAGAUCAACGGCGUGCCUCGCCAACUCCUGCUUGACUCAGGCAGCGCAGACACAUACCUCUUCACCGACGAGGUCACAUGCCUGGACGGCAACGUCUCCGUCCCUUCCACCGUCUGCCAGCUCGGAGAUCUCUACGGCGGCGCAAUAACGCCCCUGGACGGCCUGAUUUUCCGACAAGUCUACGGAGGACCAGGCUCUCUAACCGAGGUAUCAGGAGUCUACGCGUACGCGACCGUCGAAGUCGCUGGUGUGGUCCUCGACAAGCAGAUCGUCGCCUUUGCGAAUCGCACGGACACGGGCCAGAUCCACACGGGGGCGAGCGGCAUUCUGGGCCUGGCACCGAGACGCGAUGAGGCAAUUUAUUCGACGGAGAAUCCGCCGAGGAAUAGCAGCAAUGCUUACAAUGUGAGCUUGGACUAUCCCACCGUGUUUGAGUCCAUGGACGCUCGACAGCUUGUCGAGCCGUUUUUCAGCAUAGCGAUGGAGAAUGCGGUUCGAGGGGGUUAUUUGACGUUUGGUGGACUGCCGGAGAUAUCGUUCAAUAGGACUUUUGCGACCGCUCCUUUGGCUUCGCCCAUCGACGAAUCCCGCCAAUACCAGAUUGGAGUCGACUCCUUGAAUCUUGUUGGGAACGUAUCCAACAACACCUUCACAGCCAUCGUGGAUACUGGGACCACAGUAUGUUUCCUCCCGGAGCAGCUGGCCACAGCAAUCAACCGUGCCUUUGACCCUCCAGGCGAGUACGACAACCAGACGGGCCAGUUCGAGACGUCGUGUACCGCUGCACAGCCGAAGGUCGAGGCCACGAUUGGCGGAGUGCGCUUCCCCUUUACACAGUCGAUGCUGGUUCCGAAGAAUUUCAGCGAUCUCUCGCAAGGCUGUACUAGUAUGUAUGCUCCACAACAGCCAGGCGGGGUGAUCAUCCUGGGUAGCAGUUUCCUUAAUAAUGUUGUCGCUGUGUUUGAUGUUGGGAAGGAGGAGAUGAGGUUUGCGAGGCAUGAUUAUGCCGCUUUGGUUUAG